AUGUUGAAACACGAACCUAGCCGUAUUGAGCCCAAGAGGCGCAACGUCCUCGAUCACCGCAAGAAGCAGUUUGCAGACCCUCAAUAUCGAGAAGCGCAGUAUCCGACUCGCCUCAACUUCUAUACCGAUUCGCCAACGUCAGAUAUCACACUCGAGCAGUUUGAGCAAUGGGCCAUCGACAGACUACACGUCCUCGCAGAGCUGGAAGCAUGCUCGUUUCGAAAUAGAUCGUCCGCAGAAACAGCAUUGCACAUGAAGUCGAUCAUGGAGAAGUAUAUGCCGUUAGAGGCCAACAGUAGCUCGUCAACAAAGCUGGCUGCUCAGAGAAAGAAAGACCAUUACAGUCAUUUCAUCCUGAGGCUUGCCUUCGCAUCGACGGAAGACCUACGGCGGCGGUUCGUACGAGUAGAGACAAUGCUGUUUCGGUUACGGUUCGGUGAUGAUGACACCCGCGAGCGUGCAACAUUUAUCCGAGGCCUGAAUUUAGACUGGGAGAUGGUGUCAGACGAAGAGAAGAGCUCGUUGGCGACAGAACUUGCGGCUGUGAGCGCCUCCAGCUUUGGAGGACAGCGGAAGCAGCAAGCCGUCAUAGAAGAAGAGAGCUGGUGCAAGGUGGAUUGGAUGCGGGUGCCCGAGCUUGUUGAAGGCCGUAGGGUGUUUCUCAAGGCCGGAAAAGCCUACGUGCCUUCGAAGGAGCAAGCAAGUAUGGUGGCGACCGAGUUCUCGGGUCGUCUGGAGAGGGCGCUUGAGCUCACAGCCCGUGCCUUGCCACGAUUGGACGAAGACGACCGCCUGACGCCAAUUCUCGACCAUCUGUCUAAGAACUUCGUUACGCCCGACGCAUCAUUUUCGGGGGCUGACGGCAAUAAUUCCGGUGCAGAGAUUAAUGCACGCAGCAUCGAUACGUUGGCCCCAGCGCACUUCCCGCUCUGUAUGCAGAACCUGCACCGCUCGCUGAGGCGCGACGCACACCUGAAACACUAUGGCCGUCUGCAAUACACGCUCUUCCUCAAGGGGAUCGGCCUGAACCUGGAGGAGAGCCUGUUGUUCUGGCGACAAGGCUUCCAUAAGAUCACCGAUGACACGUUCAACAAGGAGUACCGCUACAACGUACGACACGCCUAUGGCGAGGUGGGCGGCGACAUGAACCGGCGUGGGGGCGGUUACAGCCCGUUUAGCUGCCAAAAGAUCUUGACAGAACACACGCCAGGUACGGGCGACGCUCACGGCUGCCCGUACCGACAUUUCAGCAUGGAGAACCUCACGACCUUCCUGCAGGGCGUGGGCAUCAAUGACCGCGCAGUGCUGCAGGGCGUGAAAGAAGACAAGGACAAGCAGAAGUUUCAUAUGGCCUGUAAUCGUGUUUUUGAGCAUGUUCACAAAAAUGAGCUUAGACGAGCAAAGGAUGAGAGCGUUAUGACAGCUGCACAAUUGGAGACAAUUGUGCACCCGAACGAGUACUUCAAGCGCAGUUACCUGCUGAAAAGCCUGGGCAAGAGCACGACAGGUGACGUCCGCAUGGAGGGAUGA